UUUGGAUGCGAACGCGACGCGACGUGCCGCGCAUUUGUUUACAAGUGCAUCGAAGUGUGUUUAUGUUUUGAGAGAGUUUGGGCUAAAGUUCGAGAUGACUACAAUUGCAAUUGAAAGCGACACAUAUUCCAUUGAACAGUAAGCCGCAACAAAAGUCUCCACAACGCAGGCAGGCAGGCAGGCAGGCAAGCAGGCAAAACUUCAAAGUCGAGACUCUCCAAACGUGUGCGAAAAAAGCUACCCGCCAAUGCAAACGCCACUUGCGCAGCCGAAGCAGCUUGCGUCGCUGCCACUUCGUUGGCGCUCGUGCUGUGCGACGACAGCAGCAGCAGCAGCCGUGAGAAGCAGCAAUAGCAGCACCAGCAACAGCAGCAGCAGCAGCAGCGGCGGCAGCAGCAGAGUCGCAUUAGCAGUUGGCGCUCAGUUUGUUUGUGUCGCUCGGUACGUUCGGUUGCCACUCGCGCUGUGGUCGUUCGUUUGCCGUCGCUAUUUUUUAGCUGCGUCUCCGUCCACCUCGUCGUUCGUCGUUGCUUUCGCUUGUUGCGCGUGCGCCGCUUCGUUGUUGUCGUUGUCGUUGCGUGUUUUUGUUGCUGCUGCGGCGGUUGAUGUGUCGUCGCUCCAGCCCAAAAGUUCAUCCGACUCAAUGUAAAAGCCAUAAAGUGAAGAGCAACAAAGUCGAAAAUAAAAGUGUGCGAAAAAACAAAUAAAAAAUGUAACAACUACGCUAAAAAGCAUCAACAACUAAUCGACCAAGCAACCAAACAACCAAACAACCAACUAACCAACCAACCAACAGUUAACUACGAGUCUCGUUCUUACUUCAUUCUUUAGCUCUUCUCUCUCUCUCUGUCUCGCUGUCUCUUGUGUUUUUCGUUGACCAUUAAAAGUGACGCUGUAAUGAAGCUUUGAACGCACAAAAAUACCAACAAAAACAAAAACAAAACAACAAAAAUAAAAUAAAAAUAAAAUCCAAUCGACAACAACAACAAACGAAUUGAGCCGCCCCGUUCGUCGAGUCUUCCUUCAACUUGAACUUCAGUUUGUCCGGCGUUUUGCCUCGUCUCGUGUUAUUUUUAGACAAAAAUCGCAAACGCAAUGGGCACCAAGUCACCCGGUGGUCCGCAGCGCUGCCGCCUCAUACUGCAACGCUGCCUGGCCAUCCAGCUGAGCAAGCCGGGCCACACGCCCGAGGACUUUUGGAUGUACGACUCGGGAUAUAUGAUAUUUCAGAAUUUCCUUGCCGCGAAUGCGCAAUGCUGGUGGAAUGCCCCACUGACUGCGGCGACACGUGCGCUCAAAUAUGCCGGCCAUGUGGCACCAGGAAUGCUGCUGGUCACCGCUGAGCCCUGCGCAUUGGAGGUGCUGCGCGGCGCCUUUGCUCGCAGUGUCCUCAAGCCGCCGGCCACCUACAUCAUCAGCUCUGUGGGUGACAUUGACGAUUGCAUUGUGACGCCGACGGUUCAGGGACAGUUCACGCCGCUGCCUGAGGCACUGUGUGACGUCAUCAUGGACCUAACAGCCGAGGGUCAAUCGGCGACCAUUGAGCAUGUGCGCUGCAAGCUGGGCAUUCGAUUUCCGCACAUGACCACGCCAGCGACAGAGGUCAUCUAUGAUACGCUGGCGCAGCUGAUGCAGGAGCAGAAGAUCUACCAGACCGCAAAGGGUUACUUCAUCUUCACGCCAGAACGUCGUCGCAGUCGCUCGCGUCCGCGUAGCAAUCAUCACCAGCUGAACGGCGGUCACAGCACAAAUGGCAGUUUGGUCUACUCCCAGCUGGCUGAGGAGGAGCAGCAGCACGACAUAAUACCGCCCGAGGCCCGUACAAUGCUCAUGUCCAAUGCUGAGGCGUUGCAUUCGCUCUACGGCGAAAUAUCCACGGAACGGGAUGGUGAUCUAACGCAUCAAUGCAUACAGACCAAUCUGGCUGAUGUCAUCUGUGGCGGUAAUCCCAAUGACAAGAUCAUUUAUCCGCGUGCGGCCAAGCGACGCAGUGCAUCAUUUCCGACGCCACGCAGCUUGGAACGACGGCACAGUUUGCGGCUCUUUGGAUCAUCUAAGCGCCUGCAACGCUGCGCCUCCACACGCAGCCUGUCCAAGACCUAUGCCCAAACGCUCAACACGACGGACAGCAGCAGCUCGGAAUACCAAAGCACAGAUUCGUCAUCACCCAAAAAAGGAUCUUUGCUCUCGAGGCUUUUCCGACGCAGUGGACGCGCCAAGCAGCGACAGAUUGAGACAUAUUCGGCACAAUUUCCACCCGCCGAGUGGUUCAAUUCGCGUGCCGUGCAUCUGCAUAGUGUGGGCACCCAAACUGCAGAUCACGACAUGCCCGCUGUACAUACACUGUCCAAUUCGACGUUCUACGAUGGCUCCGAGCUAAGUCAACGAUCGUCAACGCUGCCGCGCCGCCAUCGCCGUCACAUGUCCAGCGAGUCGACGUUUCUGAUAUCUUCCAGGGACUGUUCGCCGAUACGCCGCCGUUCGCCCGUCUACUGCAGUAGCUCGCUACCUCGUUCCACGCAGUCCAUACCGGCCAGCAGCAGCAGCAAUAGCGCCGUCAAUCACACCAAAAUGAAUCAUUCGUCGGCGACGUUGUCGCGUCUGCACGCAGCAACGCCCACGCCGCAGAAGACCGCACAAAAGUCGGUGAUUGGCAAACACAUCUUUGAGUGCUCGCCGGCGCGCUCCUCCACGCUGAAGUCUGUCACGCCGGCCAAGCGGCAAACGGAUGGAUUGAUUAUCAAUGGCUGCAUGGACAACAAGGCAACGUAUCGCAGUCUGCAGAGCAGUGGACCAUCCAGUCUGGAGUCCUGCAAGACAUCGAUGCUUGCGAGUGGACCCUCCAGCAUUGAUAGCGGCAAGGUGUCCUUUAGCCAGAAGACCAGCGGUCACUCUAGUCUCGACUCGCAAUGCUCCACAAAUACCGCAGUGGUGGCACCCACAACAACAACAACUACCACAACAACUGGCAGUGGUGGCAGCACACGUUCCAUCUUGGUGUUGAAUGGUUCGCCGCGUGGCACGCCACGGCAUCAGGCGAUGCGAGCGCGUGUGGCAGAGGCACAGGCGCAAAGACAACGGUCGAGCACGCCCAGUCGCAUCAUGGAGGAGCUUAGCUAUCCGCCAAGUAACGGGAAUGUGCCCAAUUCGAGCAGCAGCAACUCGAUAACAUUACAGGUCACGACAAGCUCGAAUGGCAGCGGACAAAGCAUACCCAGCACCAAGAUCUUUGUGCAGAACUCGCCUGUGCGGAGUGUGAUCACCCUGGAGAAUGGCAAGAUGCUGGAGAACUCGAAUGUGUUCAUCAUUAACAAUGAAACGAUGACCAAUGAGAAGGGUGAGAUCAUCAAGAAGACGCUCUCGAAGCAGACAACCACAGCAGCAUCAACAGUGCCUGUGCCUAUGGCCACCUCGACGCCAGUUCGUCCUGAAUCCGUGCCGGAGCAGCCACUCAGCGAAACGGAGGCCAACUCAGAGACAUGCGAUUCCAUUUCAUUCAUCAGCGAGAGCUCGCCAGAGAAUACGGCGACAGAGACGCCUUCGUAUGAUGGCGGCAAGUAUGCCAAGAAUACCAACAACGAUGCAACGAUGAACAACAGUCGCAAGCUCUGCCUGCAGCUGGCCAAUGGCAUUGCCUACAAGAACAAUGUGCUCAAGAAUGAAUCACAGCCAAAUUCACCUAACGCCGAGCAGCAGCAACCCCUCAAGUUGGCUGCCCUGGCCAAGCAGGACUUUGAGAUAGCGGGCUCUGUGGGCAAUUUGCAUUUCUAUGAGAAGCACUCGAAGGAUUUGGCGCCGUCGCAGAGCAAUCACAAGCUGAUGAACAGCAGCAGCGAUCUAAAGAAUCUCUGCUACGAGUCUGUCUGCCAGCUGCAGAAGUGCAACAUGAAUGGAGAUGAGCUGGCGCUGGCGCAUCUGCUGCACAAGCAAUCAAGCAAUCCGUUGGGCAGUGAACCCAAUCUUGCACUGAAGGAUCAUACGAAUGACAAGUCCAUUGACAAGGAGGCCAUGGAUCGGCGGCUAAGUCUGACCAAGGAGUCGCUGGAGCAGCAUGGCAUGGGCAUGGGCUCCGUUCUCGCCGCUGGCAGUGAGGAACUCUACAAUUUUCCCAGCUUGACGGAUUUAUCGUUUAACUUUACAUCGCUUGCGGCGCGCAAGAUUCUACAAGGUGUCAGUCUGAACAGCAUCGAUACGCUAGUGGAGCUUAACAUGGCUGCGGCUGCGGCAGCUGCGGUGGCGGCCAGCACGGCACAGGAGAAGCAACAGAAUAACCAGCCGGCGACGGCAACAACAGCCCCAUCCGUUUGCACCGACUUUGGCAUGGUCUAGUUCUAAUCAGCGGAGCAGUAGUAGUGGAGGCGCCUCCAGCCAAACAGAGCAGCUCUGUUGGCCCUUGGAAGCUUCAUCUUCAUCUUAGCAUAAUCAAAACGAAACCUUAGACGAGCAGCAGCAACUGAAAUUGAAACAAUUCUUGCAACAAAAAAAAAAACUUUGUAAUUUAUUAUCGACUAACGAAUAUGGGAUUAUUUUGAAUGUUUCCGUUAGCAGCAAUUAUUUUUUUUUUUUGGUCUUACGAAUUUUCUAUUUGAUGUAUCGAAAGCAAUUUUUAAUUUACAGUGCCAAAAUAUGUUUAGUUUAAUUAUAAUGUUUAUACUUUGUAUCCCAAAAACCAGACGCACCCAAAAUAACACUCGCGAAUCAUCCGAAUGCAUCUGAAAAUGUUUGCAAGUGCAAUUUAUUGUAAGUAGAGAGCUAUCCCUUUCUCCCCGAAAUAUUUUGUGUAAACUUCUUCGUUACCUCUGUCUAGAUCCCUCCAAUUGAACUCUUAGUUUUUGUAUAUUUUUCUUAAAGCAAUAAUUGUUUAGACUAACAUGUUGUUCAGGCAACCCUAUAUCUAUAUACAUACAUACAUACAUACGACAUACACACCCAACACACACAGACACACACACACACACACUCAGACAUUAUAAGAAAAUUACUACGAAUAUAGAAUUUAGCACCUACAACAAUAAAUACAAUAAUUUUGUACAAGGCCUUAA